AUGGCCAACAGAAACUGCCUGGUGUUUUUGCUACUCGUCAUUGCUUCUUUGACGGUUUUUAUCUCCUCUGCUAGUGAUUUCAAUCGCGAUUUUGAGAUGACAUGGGGUGAUGGCCGUGCUAAGAUACUAAACAACAACGAGCUUCUUGUACUCUCCCUCCAUAAAAUCUCAGGCUCAGGAUUCCAAUCCAGGAAUGAGUAUCUUUUUGGUAAGAUUGAUAUUCAACUCAAGCUUGUUCCUGGGAACUCUGCUGGAACUGUCACCGCCUAUUAUUUGUCCUCAAAAGGGUCUACAUGUGAUGAGAUAGAUUUCGAGUUCUUGGGUAACUUGACUGGUGAUCCGUACACUGUGCACGCCAAUGUGUAUAGCAAAGGCAAGGGCGAGAGGGAGCAACAGUUCCAUCUCUGGUUUGACCCAACUAGCGACUUCCACACAUAUUCCAUUGUCUGGAAUCCUCAGAGCAUUGUGUAA